AUGGACCUCCUCGCACUCUCCAUCUUCUCUAUCUUCGUGGCCAUGUUUGGCUCAUACGAAUCCGUCCCGUUAACUGCUAUACACCCCGCAUACGACUUCCCCGAGCGUUUCUGGGGUGCCUUUAAAAUCUCCUGGACAAUGUGUCAAGUGGGAACCGCCAUCAGCAUGGUCUUUCCGCCAAGAUAUCUCAACGGGUCUCUCAUAGACCCGGGUAACUUUAUCACCACGCUGCCGUCCGCGGCUCCCGCCGAAACGAUCACCACCGCCCUGUCCGUCAUUCCUGCGCCCGUAUCUUCGGACAUGGUCAACGAUUUGGCUAUUGUCCAGACGGAGAACCCGGGAACCGCCGAGUCGUCUGAGGGAAGGACUCGCGUCGGCAUCUGGGUUGUCCUGUUGCGUGUACUCUUGGGUUACUUCUCCCCCGAGGACCAGGAAGGGCAGCGCCAGCCUUCCUUCGUAGACCUGUUGUUAAACCCAUUCUGGGUUCUCAGCGUGGUCGGGCCGUUCGCCGUCAUGCGGGCGGUUGUCCAGGGUCUGUCGCUUUUCAAGAGGAGGGAGUAUACACAGACAGCCCAGGUUGCCGACGACGAGAUCCUGGGGAUCGUUCGAGAAAUCCGGGUGAAGAAGGCCGAGUUACUGAAGAAGCUCGAUGAGGAGCUUUCUGUGGUGGAUGCGGAGGUGAGCGAUGUUUCGAUGCGGAUCAAGGCUGAGAGAGAGCGUAUCUGCAUCGAGCUCGCCUCCCUCCGCGUCCACCACCUCAUCCAAGAUGAGGUGGCGGAGGUUCGAAAGUCCGUCGAGUCGAGAUUCCAGUGCGAACUCGAAGGAAAAGUGAAGGAACUGAUUGCGGAACUCGACUUGACGGGCUCUAACACGGUCCUUUCCGAAGGACGUCAAGAAUCUUCCACGCAGACUGACAGCCAGCCUGAGAGUCUGAAAGAACCGCUCCACGGUGAAUCGUCACUAGUCGACGUUGACCAACUGCCGCUGCUGCUGGAGAAUGGGGAAGAGCAAGGACCGCCCGAAGAGACAGGGCCUUCUCCCCAGCUCGAUCCGUCUAACGACGACAUCUCUAUCGAUGAUAACGACAACGACGAUCUAUCUCCCUUCACAUCUCCAGAGUCUUCCCCCAAACUCGACCGUAAAAGAAGAUGUCGCCCCAGCAAAGCUAAGCGUAUGCGAAUGGCAAAGAGGGUCCAAAAUCAACAAGCCAUGCCAUCUCUGAUACCUUCUCCUCUCAAGCUCGGCCAAUGA